AAUAGCAUCUUUGUGGUUACGUUGUGUAUUCUAGUCAAAUCGGUUUAUUUACGCGUUUUCAGCGUAAAUUCGGGUAAAAAAUGGACGGAAGUGUAAUAACGUGUUCGGUAAACAUCGAAUGGUUGGAUAAAAUGGGUACAAUACAGCGAAAGUUGCAGCAUAAAGCUGCAACUUUAAGGUUAAUUAGAAAUGAUGCAAAGGGUAUGUUUGUUGAGGUGACUGCGGCUAAAUCGGCCCCUGUACGGCUGGAAUUAAAAGGUAUAUCCGUGCAUAAGAAGUUUAUGAAUGAGGGGAAAGCCAGUAUUAAGUUCCAAAACAUUAAUUGUACGAUUUAUAUAUCAAACGCACCAACAUCACAAUUAAUGGGUUUCCUGCGAAUUAUAUUCGUUAAAAUGACUGGUUCCAAAGCAGAAAACCCCAAUACAUCUCUAAGAACGCAACUGCUCUCAAACAAACCAAACCAAUUCACUGAAAUAAGCCCCGUCACGAAUCUGGAAGUUGACAUUGCUAAAGCCAAAGCUUCGAAAAGUACAGACACUACCCCGUCUCCGUUGGCUAGAAAACGGAAGUUAGCUCUUAAGGAGGGCUCGAGAGGGCCAGCGGCUAAGAAAUUAUAUGCCCCAAGUCCGACAGAGAAAGAGUUGUUGGAUAUCGAACAAAAGGAAGUUUUAGACGCCUGUUCCAGUGGGCAGAAUGUUUUUUUCACUGGUAGCGCUGGUACGGGGAAGAGUUUUUUGCUGAGGAAAAUCAUAGGGGCCCUGCCUCCAGAUGUCACCACUGCUACUGCUUCCACAGGCGUAGCUGCCUGUCAUAUAGGCGGUAUAACUCUGCACCAAUUUGCUGGCAUUGGGGGAGGCGAUUAUGGCCUUGAAAGGUGCAAAGAAUUGGCCUCCAAACCGCCUGCCGUUACUUUGUGGCGCAGAUGCAAGCAUUUGAUUAUUGACGAGAUUUCCAUGGUUGAUGGGGGUUAUUUUGAGAAGAUUGAAGCUGUUGCUAGGCAUGUGAGGAAAAAUGACAAGCCUUUUGGAGGUAUACAGUUAAUAUUGUGUGGGGAUUUCUUCCAAUUGCCUCCUGUUACAAAAUCUGCACCUGGUGCUCGUAUUUAUUCGACCUCCUCGACCACCACUUACGUGACUCACGCGUUUACAGAUGGAAUUCCUUUCGCGUUUUCUCGAGUUAUAAGAAAUGGCAGUUUUGCUCGAGAACAUAACAAAUUGUGUAUGGCUGGCGUUUGCGGCUCUGCACCAGGAAACCCCCGGCUUUGUCAACAAAAGUAAACUAAAGGUUUUGACAGCCAAUAUAGGUACAUUACUGGACUUGUACGGGGUUGAAAAGGGCUUGGAACACUUCAGAAGCACCCAAACGUUAAACUUCAAUCAGUUUAAGUAUUACCUGCAAAAUGAGGUGUUUGCUUCGCUCCCGAACAAGGCACCGCCUUCGGAACUGCAGCGAUACGAAAACAAAAUAGCCGAGGUUUGCUGGCUGGUGUGCAGAAAAAAAUACUUGUGCCGCAAGAACGGCAUUUUCAGCGACGACGGUAUCUUCAAGAUAUUCCGAAUUUUCUGCGUGCUAGCCGAGCUGGCAGCCGACACGCACAACGAGAAUUUUUACCAGGUUCUACUCCACCCCAGCGAGGUAUUCCAGAUCGCGCAAACCUUAGCUAACUCCUUAGGUUGCACGUUCGAUGACGACGACUUCACAAGUUUGAGUGUGUCCAUGGGCAGUUUUAGGCUGACGCCUUUCAUAGCCGUCUUGGAGUCGCGCUGCCUCAACGGCGUCAAAGACCACGUUGCUAUAAACGAGGCCGUAACAGACUUGUACCAAACCAUCGUCGAGGAUGUCAUAAAGAAAGGCUUCAUGACCAAAAAAGGGUACAUAUUCCCGACAAUGCGCGAAUACUGGUUCGUUCUAACACCCACGGAACUCACCUACUACAAAGCGCGUUCAGAAAAAGGAAAAAUGCGGCGUACUACCAAUAGAACCAAACAGCAAACUCGCAGCUAAAGCAGGCUUCAAAAUAACCCUCCAAACAUCGGAUCGCAUCUACGAGCUAGGAACAUCCGAUCACAUGACUCGCUUACAGUGGAUAUCCUCCCUUACAAUCGCGGCGGACCACAGCGGCAACCCGCUCAGCUACCAGCGGCAGCUAGCUGCGAAACGCCGCCAGCAACGCCCUGACGA